AAGGAAAAAUAAGAUAAAUAAGAUAUACUAUAUAUAUUUAAGUAUAGCCUAAUUUAGUAAAGGUAACAAUGAAUAGAUUGCACUGAAUUGGUCUUGUUAUGAAAUAAAUCAACAACUAAAAUGUUAUGUUGUAACGGGCACACACUCAUGUGUCCUUCUUGUACUUUGCACACAAACACACGCACGCAGUUGGCUCUGUUAGCAGCUGUGUCAGAUUUAUUUCCGGUACAGCAGCCACUUCUGGUUUCACAUAAAACCAAAGUUAAGAGUGCUGUGUUAAAGAUGGCAAAGAGCUGGAAGGAGCCAGAAGCUUUGUCCUGCUCGAUAUGCUUCGACAUACUGAAAAGCCCUGUGACUCUUCAUUGUGGCCACAGCUACUGUAUGGACUGUGUGAAUGGAUACUGGGACCAGGAGAGUCACCGCGCUGUUUACAGCUGUCCCCAGUGUAGACGCACCUUCAGCCCCAGACCUGUGUUGAACAAGAACACAGUGCUGGCUGACUUGGCAGGGAAGAUGUCACAAGAUACCCCCGCUCCUGCGGAGGAUGAAGUCAGCGCGGGGGACGUGGAGUGUGAUUUCUGCACAGUGAGGAAGCUGAAAGCUGUUAAGUCUUGCCUGGUGUGUCUGGCUUCUUACUGUGCUACUCACUUAGAGCCCCACUAUGUGUCCGAGGCUUUCAAAAGGCACAAGCUUGUGGAAAUCUCUGGCUCCAUACAAGAGAAGAUCUGCUCUAAGCACGACAAGCUGCUCGAAGUCUAUUGUCGCAGUGAUGGUCAAUGCAUUUGCCUGCUUUGUGUGAUGGAUGAACACAAAGGUCACGACACUGUCUCAGCUACAGCAGAGAGGAAAGAGAAACAAAAACAAUUUGGAAAGAAAAAGCUAAAAUAUCAGCAGGGAAUACAGAAGAAAGAGAAGCAACUGAAGCAGCUGAAACAGAAAAUGAAAGCACUGCAGUGUUCUGGAGAUGCAGCGGUUGAUCAAAAUGAGAAAGCCUAUGCUGAAAUUGUCCAGAUGGCGGAUAAAAAGCGCUGUUCCAUGAACGAGCUGAUCAGAGUUCAGGAGAAGGCUGCAGAGAGUCGAGCUGAGGCGCUCGUGGAUCGGCUGGAGAAGGACAUCUCUGAGCUGAGAAACGGAGAGGAUGAACUGAAGCAGCUGUCACUCACUGAGGAUCACAUUCAUUUCCUGCAGAGAUGCGAGUACAUUUUUGACUGUCCAGAACCCGACCUGUCCUCUGAUUUCGACAUCCAACUACACACACCUUUUGACUUUGUGACAAAGGCUAUUUCUGACUUGAGAGUCCAAAUGGAUAACGUGGCCAAAGCUAUUGCAGAAAUAUCUCAGACAUUUCAAGCUGAUUCUGACCCUCAGACAAGACAAGAGUUCUCCCUUUAUUCCUGUUACCUCAGUUUGGAUCCCAACACAGCAUUUGAAAACCUUUUGCUCUCUGAGGGAAACCGCAAAGUAACCUGGAUUAAAAAAGCCCAGAGGUAUCCGUACCACAAAGAUAGAUUUACCACAUUUGAACAAGUGUUGUGCACUGCAGGCUUAUCUGGACCUUGCUACUGGGAGGUUGAGUGGCGGGGGAACAGGGUUGAGGUCGCUGUGUGCUAUAAAGGGGCAGAGCUGAAAGAAAUGGGCUUUGGACACACAAAUCAGUCCUGGUGCAUUUCCCUUUCAAUUUCUGGUUGCACCUUUUGGCACGGUGGAAUCAAAACCAAAGUACCCACCGAAUGCUCCUCCACUGUUGGAGUGUAUCUGAACCAUAAGGCAGGGAGUCUGUCCUUCUACAGCGUGUCUGAUUAUGGUCAAAUGAUACUCCUUCACAGAGUUCACACCACAUUCUCCCAGCCUCUGUACCCUGGGCUCAUGGUCUCCAGAGGCGCCUCAGCUAGGAUAGUGUCACCGGAGUAAAUGGCUUCCACUGUCAAGUUCGUUUGAGUGAAGUGAAGCAGUAUGUUUUUUCUCUGUGCACUGUUUUGCGUGUGCUUUAAACACCAGUGCUAAAAGGGGAUUACGCCAAAAGUAUUGUUUGUUGAUCAUUUCUAAUUAUUGUAUUUUAUUCUAAAUGUUUAGAUGUUUAUGAAGAUAAUAACGGGAAUGACGUGAGGGGUUUUGUGUGUCUGUUACAUGUUAGUCAUCCUGUAAUGGAAACUUUAAAUAUAGCAUUGUAUUUCAUGUGAAUGUUAGAGAGUUAGUAAAUAGAACAAUUAUAUGUUAAAGUGUUCAUAACUAACAGAACUCAGAUUUAAUAAUCAAUAAAAGAAGGAUCAACAUUA